ACGAUUCACGUCUUCACUCUUCGCCGAGUUACGAAACGAAUUUUUAAAUUUUAGUAUUUUAAGGAACUUUACCCAUGAUUUCGGAAUAAUAUUGGACGGCUUAAUAAACGAAAUUUAAAGAAAGACAUUCUUCUAAAUAUAAUUUCCUAAUCACUAGGCCCGAGUUUGGCAACAUGAUGUCGACGGCGUCCAAGUGCGUGGAAAGUUGUAUACGAACGAAAUUGCAAAACCGAUUCAAUCCAAAAGUGUUGCAACUCAUCAACGAGUCGCACAUGCAUAAUGUACCUAAAGACUCGGAGACGCAUUUCAAAGUCGUUAUUGUAUCCGACGAAUUCGAAGGCAUGCCCUUGAUUAAGAGACACCGUCUUGUAAACGCGAUACUAACGGAUGAGCUCAAGUCCGGCGUACACGCUUUGUCUAUUGUGGCCAAAGCUCCGACCCAAUGGAAAGACGAACCGAUCGAAAGUAGUCCCAAUUGCCGAGGUGGUUUUGGAAAGUGAACGUAAUGAGCAGCAAAGUUCCGAGAGAAGGGUCUAACCUAUUACCAACUGUCAUAUAGAUCAAUGUUAUAUUUUAUAAUCGUAUUUUUCGUAAAGUACAUAUUAUUACACCUAUAGACACUUGUCAGUUCGUUUAAAAAUACAUAAAACAUUGUAAAGCAAAUGUCAAUAAUAUAUUUAUGUUUAAAAUAAUUAUUCAUUGAAAACCAUUAAAUAGAUAUAAGUUUUUACAAGGAUAAUAUAACAAUAGUUUUUGUUCA